GAAGGAAAUCGACAAACACGUGAGACUGGCGGUGGUUAGGAAGAGGUGCAGACGGAAUUGGAACUUCUGGCUUCGGUGUGGUCAUGUUUCUCCAGUAUUACCUCAACGAUCAGGGAGACCGGGUCUAUACGCUGAAGAAGCUUGACCCUAUGGGACAACAGACCUGCUCGGCUCAUCCUGCUCGGUUCUCCCCAGAUGACAAAUACUCUCGACACCGAAUCACCAUCAAGAAACGCUUCAAGGUGCUCAUGACCCAGCAACCGCGCCCUGUCCUCUGAGGGCCCCUUAAAUUUCAUGUCUCCUCUGCUACCCCUCAAGAGACUUUCUGAAACCAAGCUCUCCAGUGUGUGAGCCUAGAAGCCUUCUUAUCAUCCUUACUCUUUGGAAUCGGUUUCAUCGUUGCCAUUGUUCAUGUUUGUGUGAAACAGUCAUGGUAGCAUACUUCUUAAGGGAACAAGUUUGAAUCUUUCCAUAUUUUGAAUCGCUGCCAGGUUAUUAAAUUGAUUUGAAAGA